GCUGUCACUGAUCCCUCCAACCCGCCUCUCAUCGCACCUCCCCUUUCUGCCCCCCUCACCGCCUUCCACGGCCUCGCCUCCCUCUAUCUCCCCGCCCUCUCCCCCCUCGCCCCCCCUCCUCGCGCGUUGCACUGGUCAGUCUCUGGCCAUCGUCCCCAUUAUGUACCAGCUCCCUUUGCCCCCUUCGCAUCGACCCCGCUCCACGUGGACGCGCCUCUCACACACGGCCACCUCCGCGUCCACUCCCACCGCCCUGCACCCGCGCACGUCCAAGUGGCGCAGCCCCCACGUGCGCGCCAGUCCCACCCUAUCUGA